CGCGCCGCGGCGGUGCGGGUGGAUCGCGCGCGCGGAGAGGCGCCCUGGAGCCGGCCGGGGCGGAGGCGGAGGCGGCCGCGCGGCCCGAGGCGCCGGAGGACGAGGAGGACGAGGAGGAGGCGCUGCCGCACUCCGAGGCGGUGGACGUGUUCCAGGAGGGUCUCGCCAUGGUCGUUCAGGACCCGCUGCUCUGCGACCUGCCGAUCCAGGUUACUUUGGAAGAAAUCAAUUCCCAAAUAGCACUAGAAUACGGCCAAGCAAUGACAGUCCGAGUGUGCAAGAUGGACGGAGAAAUCAUGCCUGUGGUUGUGGUCCAGAACGCUACCGUCCUGGACCUGAAGAAGGCCAUUCAGAGAUACGUGCAGCUCAGGCAAGAGCGUGAGGGGGGCAUCCAGCACAUCAGCUGGUCCUACGUGUGGAGGACCUACUAUCUGAUCUCUGCAGGAGAGAAGCUCACAGACGACAGGAGGAAGCUCCGAGAUUACGGUAUCCGGAAUCGAGAUGAGGUGUCCUUCAUCAAAAAGCUGAGGCAAAAAUGAACGUCCGGGCGCGGACAGCUCUGUGCCCGUGGCUGGUACCGGCUGGAACGCAGCCAAGCCCUGGGCCCGAACAGCUGAGUCACGCGGCACAUGGGCCUGGCCCUGCAUACAAAAUAAAUCUACUUGCUCCUCA